CGACUAUUUUUGACAAAGAUGUCUGUAAUAAGGCAAGUAAAUCGUAGCAAAGAUCUGCUAUACUCCGCAUUGCCUUACCCCAAAUACCCAAAUAAUAUCGCAGAUGCGGGGAGCGCGUUAGAACUAGAAUCAAUCUGGGCGGGUCGCGGUUGGGGGACUGGUAAUAAAACCGUUGUCGUCUUAGCGCACGGGGUCGACGCCGUUAUUACGGUCCAGGGGGCUCGGCAAGUUACGACGGACUCAUGUUACCUAACAAUCGCGUUGGUGAUAGCAUGAUGUAAGUGCGCCGUAUGAUUAAUAAAUAAACAUCCCCGAGCCUCGUCAUCUUCUUGUUCCACCUCCCUCACCUUUGCACAAUCUCGGAAACCUUCAAGAUGGCAGCAAACGACAAAGCCAGCGAUAAUGAUGCUACUCGUAUCGCCUCUGUCGGCGAUGAUGACAUGGUCAAAUAUGAUCUCGAGCACUCCGAACAAACUGCGGAAGAUGCAGUUGAGAAACCAGAGAGCAUUCGAGAUAUGAGCGCCGAAGAGAUCAGGAAACUUGAGAUAAAGAUGGUCCGCAAGAUGGAUUUGGUUAUCAUGCCGAUCAUGGGAAUAUUAUAUAUUCUCAAUUACGUCGAUAGAUCCGCUCUUGCUGCUACCAAGGUCUACGGAAUUAUGGAAGACCUAGGAAUGUCUACGACGGACUUCGCAACUGUCAUAUCGAUCCUUUUCGUGGGCUACAUACCCUUCCAAAUUCCGAGUAACUUGUUAAUGACGAAGAUUCCUCGUCCUGGGUUAUAUAUAUGCAGUGCAGCCGUCGUAUGGGGUUGUGUCAGUGCUGCUACGGCUGCCGUUAAAUCGUACCAGGGGCUUUUGGCGAUCCGCGUAUUCCUUGGCGUCACCGAGGCCGUCUUCUUCCCGGGUGUCAUCUACUUCCUCAGCGCUUGGUAUACCAGAAACGAACUCGGAAAGCGUCUCGCUGCUUUAUUCAUGUUCCAGAUGGUCGGAUCCGCGUUCGGCGGUUUUAUCGCAGCGGCUUGCCUGACUCUAGAUGGACGUUACGGCAUUUCGGGGUGGAGAUGGCUGUUCAUCGUCGAAGGUUCGGUUACCGUGGGGUGUGGACUUCUGUUCGCGUUACUCAUGCCCGAAUAUCCACACAACGCUCGUCUUCUUACCCCCGUGGAGCGCGACUUCGCUGUAUGGAGACUCGAAGUAGAGGCUGGCGCGGGAGAAGCUCACGAGGAUACGAGCACACUGGGAUCGUUCAAGCUUGCGAUGCUCGAUGGAAAGAUUUGGACGAUGGUCCUUUGCAUGGGUUUUCUCCAGGCUAUGGGAUCAUCUGUGAAUUUCUUCCCGUCCAUCGUAGAGACUCUUGGCUUCAACCGGAUAAACACGAUGCUUUUAACUGCGCCGCCUUACAUCCUCGCCGCGAUCGUAUUCUACGGAAUAUCAUAUUUGUCUGACCGGAAAAACAUGAUCUACCCAAUUAUAGUUGGGUGCCUUGCUUUCGCCAUCCUCGCAUACUCAGUCGCUCUCGGAACAAUCAAGAUGGGCCCGCGUUACUUUGCUAUGAUGCUCAUGCCGUCCGUUUGCACCGGACCCCAAAUUAUGAUAUACAAAACGAUGAACGUACAUAUGGCCCGACCCUACCCGAAACGAGCAGCCGGUGUCGCCAUGAUCAAUGCUAUUGGAGGCCUUUCGAAUGUCUGGGCUUCGUACCUAUAUUUCAGUGCCCCUCAUUAUUCCGCCGCCUUUGGAACCUUGCUUGGAUGUACAAUCGCCUUCUUCAUCACCAUCACUGGUUAUUCCAUUUACGUGCGACGUAUUAACAAGCUCCUCUCUGGAACUCCUGAAGAACAGCGUCGUGCGAUGAAGAGCGGUGUUACUCAACAGCAGAUUGACCUCGGAUGGCGGUAUAUUGGGUACUAAUAUGGAAAGCUCAAUAUAUUAGGUAUCUAAGGGUUAAGAAUUAGCUUUAUAAUUGUGUAGAUAGGUACUUUUGUAGAGUUGAAUUUAAAUAUGUGAAGAACGAA